AUGGAUGAUGGGAUGGGACCGGAGAGCGCCCUUGAGUGGGGACCGUUUCUCUGGGGGGGCACUUGGGGCUUCCAUGCACCUAUCUGGGGGACCCACCCGACUGACAAGACACCCUCAUCUCACAGAUUCUCACCCACCUCGCUCACUCUCAUCACUCUCUCACUCUUACUCUCACUCUCACUACAAGGUACUCAUUCCCGGUUCAGUUCACCUCAUCAGUCUCUCCCACGCUUCUCAAACUUACAGCUACAGGUUACGGUCCCUCAUCGGCCCUUGUCACCCAAGGGCCAACACCGACGAGCCCUGCCCUACCCUGCCAUCCGGAUCCUGUCCACCCCUCCAUUCUUGGUCUGGUGCUCUGUGCGUCUAGCUUGCACUGCACCUCAACCCGCGCACCAAAGCACAUCAGACGGGACGGCAUUCUGUGCCUAUCAUCGGCUGCUGCACAAGACUGGAGCAUCACUCUGCGACUUCGCACCAUGCUCCCUCCUCUGCCAGUCGCCCAAGGCCAAGGCUUCACCACCUCGUGGUCCGUACCUGGCCAAGGAGACAAGUGAUUGA